AUGUUAAAUCGUUUAUAUUUUUCAAGAACUUUGACAUCUAUAUUAAGAGGAGGAAGCGACGCGUUUAAUUUAAGAGGAAAUUGUAAAUUAAGUGGAAUUUUAUUGCGAAAAUCUGGACAAAAUGUAAUGACAACAAACCGUUUAUUGUGGACGAAUUCAAAUGUUUUGUGCACGAAUGUGGGUCUGUUUGCUCGUUCUAAAACGAUUCCGCUGGUUCUGAGGCUAAGGUUGUAUCAAAGCGGGUCUACUUCGACAAAUAAAACAUGGAAAGGCAAACUAUGGACUAUAGUUCGCGGGUUUUUACUGGCCACAGGAGGGCUGGUUUGGCUUGUCGUUUUAACUGCAUAUUUAUCAUUGGAUAAAGUCACUGUUGAUGUCUUAGAAAACGAAGACAGUGCUACAGCGAAUGCACUUGAGAGGAAAUUGGCUCAACAUUUUUAUAAGGAGAAGAACGAGGUCGAUAUUUUACGAAAGGAAAACGCACUCGAUAGCAUUUGGCAAAAGUUAAGCCAAGAGGAACAAGUUAAGCAAAUUUUCGGGGAGCCUGUAUUCAUUUGUGGAUAUAACUAUAAGUUGAUGAAUGAAGUGCAAGAUUUGGCGAAAUUUGAAAGUGAAGUGGAUGGCGGAAAAACGGAAGGAGAAGUUGAACGGGAAAAUGAAAUUCAGGAGAAUAAUGAGACAACAGCAGACAAUUCCGUGUGGGAAGCGGGCUGUUAUGUCGAGGGCCCUAAGAAAUUGGGACUUAUGAAUGUGAAAUUUGAAAAGCACAACCAGGAAUGGGUGCCGGUUUCAUUGCACUUGGAGACGUAUGAGAAAACGGGUCAUGUUGUUAGCAACGUGUCGGGCUCAUUACCAAAUGGAAUUAAGAAUUUCACCAGACUGUCAAAUUGA